CGCGGGAGCCAAUCACCUUACUGCUUUGUUGCAGCAUCAGCCAAUCACGUAGCAGCUCCACUGUGUCCUGUGCAGCUCAGUGCUGCUGAAGCGCGAGACGGUUUAUUGCUGCAGGGACGCUGUUAACAACAAACUUUAUAUUAGCUUUAAAAUCAUCAAAUCACUUUAAUAAAACGUCGCUUUUACAGACUUUUACAGUAAAAACAUCAGUCAUGGCGUCAAGUGAUUAUUCUCAGAGCUCCAGUCAGGGCGGGUACGGAGGAUAUGGAGGUCCGUCCGGUCAGAGCUACAGCCAGCCGGGUUACGGAGGAUACGGCCCGGGUUCGGGUUCGGGUUCGGAGUCGGACAGCAGCCCCGGACCUUACGGUCAGGGAUACGGCUCCGGCUACAGCUCGGGUGGAUACGGUUCGCCGCCGCCCUCGCAGUCCUACAGCUCGGGUGGCGUUAACAGCUGCAGCAGUCCGUCUCCUCAGGGAGGAGCGUACAGUCAGCAGUCCUCCUACUCCGCCUACAACCAGCAGCAGUCGCCUCCCGGCUCCGCUUCGAGCUACUCCAGCGGCUCUCAGUCAUCAGGCUUCGGACAGCAGCAGCAGCAGCGAGGAGGCGGGUACGGAGGAGCGAGCGGUGGCUACAGCGGCGGCGGUGGAGGAGGAGGUGGAGGUGGAGGUCCGAGUGGAGGAUACGGAGGGAGCGGAGGACAACACCAGUCCUCUCAGCACGGUGGGAGUCUUUACAGUCAGCCGCCCGGUUACUCCUCGUCUCCUCCUCACGGCUACGGCCAGCAGAGUCAGUACGGACACGGGACAGGGUACAGUCAGGACGCCCCGCCCGUGAGUGUGGGCGGAGCGAGUUACGGCGGUCAGGACGAGCGGUAUGGACAGGAUGUGCGCGGUGGGCGUGGUCCACGCGGAGGGGGAGGCGGCUUCGGCGGACGAGGAGGAGGCGGAUUUGAGCGAGGGGGUCGCGGAGGACCUCGAGGCCGAGGCGGAAUGGGAAUGGGCGAUCGUGGAGGAUUCAAUAAGUUUGGUGGACCUCGGGAUCACGGACCCGGUGGCUCCAGCAUGCAGGAGCAGGAUAACUCCGACAACAACACCAUCUUCGUGCAAGGCCUGGGAGACGACUACACCGUGGAGUCUGUAGCCGACUUCUUCAAACAGAUCGGCAUCAUCAAGAUGAAUAAGAAGACAGGCUUGCCUAUGAUAAACCUGUACACGGACAGAGAGACGGGGAAGCUGAAAGGCGAGGCGACCGUGUCCUUCGAUGAUCCUCCUUCUGCUAAAGCCGCCAUCGACUGGUUUGAUGGUAAGGAUUUUAAUGGCAGCCCCAUUAAGGUGUCCUUUGCCACUCGGCGGGCGGACUUCGGGCGAGGAGGAGGAGGAGGAGGAGGAGGAGGCAUGAGGGGAGGACGUGGCCGAGGAGGUCCGAUGGGAAGAGGUGGGUUUGGAGGAGGUAGAGGUGGAGGAGGAGGUGGAGGAGGAGGAAGUGGUGGUGGUGGUGGUUUCCCUGGUAACAGUGGAGGCGGCGGAGGCCAGCAAAGAGCAGGAGACUGGAAAUGUUCAAACCCGUCGUGUGGGAACCUGAACUUCUCGUGGCGUAACGAGUGUAAUCAGUGUAAAGCUCCAAAAUCUGAACGAGGAGGAGGAGGAGGAGGAGGAGGAGGAGGAGGAGGGACGCCCCCUAUGGGAGGUGGGUUUGGUGGAGAGCGCGAGCGCGGAAGGGGCGGGUUCGAGCGCGGUGGGUUCCGCGCUCGCGGAGGAGGAGACCGAGGCGGAUUCAGAGGAGGCAGAGGAGGAGACCGAGGAGGAUACGGCGCCGGCAAGAUGGACUCACGGAGUGAUCACAGGCAGGAGCGGAGAGAGCGGCCGUACUGAUCUGUUCAGACUCUAAACCGGGACCAGAGUCGCGUUUCUCACCGGGUUAAAGCGUUCGUUUCUCCUGAGGACGCGACUCUCUGACACCUGGACUGUUCCUAAUCGCAUACUCUAUACCCUUUUCCUGUCACGUGACACGACCAAAGCUUUGGAGACGAGUCUAAUCCCGUCUGAUGAAGACUUUAUACUCGGACUUUCUUUCUUACGUUAAACACGAGAUUCCCGUUUUGCGUUUGAACUCUGGGGUUCAUCAGUAGAACAUGUUACUGUGUUGUGCAUCAUUUCGAAGCUUUAUUUCCUCUCUGACGCGUGCGAUUGGUUUUCUCUCCUCUGCGUGUUUAUCCGUUUAACGUAACAGUUAUUUGAAAAGUGUUGGACGUUUACGGUUCAGUCGCGGCGUUUGUGACACGUCGGUUCCUCGGUGCGGCGAUACGAGACGUCAGAGAGGCGAGCGCGUCCGUUAGCGGCUCCUUUCGGCUUCAUCUACAUGACCUCUGACCUGUGAGUUCACGAGCCAACAGAAAUCCGUGAUCUCGCCGUCAGCGCCGCCGUCUGGUUCCGAGUCGCCCGGCGAUGAGUCACGUGACUCGACACGGCUGUGUUACGUGAUUGAAGGGGAAAAAAAAGUCUGGAUCUGAGUGGAGGAAUGAAAAUCAUUUUUUUUUGUGUUUUUUUUUUUUUAUAAUUUUUGGGCAGGUGGAGCGCGGCGUGAUUGUGGUGUGUGUCACUAUUUAAUAUCUUUCAUCAUAUAGACUAGACUUCAUCAUUUUAAAUUUAAAUUAAAUUAAUCUAAAUUAAGUAUUUUGUGUUGCUGUUUGAAGCAGUUAACUGAUUUGUUUUGUUUCAGUUUGAUGUCAGUAAUAAAAGUAAAAACUGUU